CUUCCCUGUCCCCUCCCCGUCCCCUCCCCUCCCUCCCGGCCAAGUGCGAGCCCCCCCCAGCCCUCCGAGCCUCGUCCCCCCGGGGCAGAGCAGUACCGGGCCGGGCAGAGCCGAGCCGGGCAGGGGGUCCCCGGCCAAGAGAGCGCCCCGUGAGGAGGGGGCUCCCCGCCGCCUAUGAGGGCUCCGCGGGGCCGGGCGAGCCAUGGACGGCGGCGGCGUUGGCGUGGUGGCGCCGCCCGCCCUGGAGAAGAACGCGGCGGAGCUGACGGUGAUGGACGUGUACGACAUCGCCUCGGCCGUGGGGCAGGAGUUUGAGCGGGUGAUCGACCAGCACGGCUGCGAGGCCAUCGCCCGCCUCAUGCCCAAGGUGGUGAGGGUGCUGGAGAUCCUCGAGGUGCUGGUGAGCCGCAACCACAUCAACCCCGAGCUGGAGGAGCUGCGCCUGGAGCUCGACCGGCUCCGCUUGGAGAGGAUGGAUCGCAUCGAGAAGGAGAGGAAGCACCAGAAGGAAUUAGAACUGGUGGAGGAUGUCUGGCGAGGGGAAGCACAGGACCUUCUUACCCAAAUUGCACAGCUGCAGGAGGAGAAUAAACAACUGAUGACAAACUUGUCUCACAAAGACAUUAAUUUCACGGAAGAGGAAUUUCAGAAGCAUGAAGGAAUGUCGGAGAGAGAGCGGCAAGUCAUGAAGAAGCUGAAGGAAGUCGUAGAUAAACAGAGGGAUGAAAUCAGGGCAAAGGACCGGGAACUCGGACUUAAAAAUGAGGAUGUAGAGGCUCUUCAGCAGCAACAGAACAGGUUAAUGAAAAUUAACCACGACCUGCGGCACAGGAUCACUGUUGUUGAGGCUCAGGGGAAGGCACUGAUCGAGCAGAAGGUGGAGUUAGAAGCAUAUCUGCAAACCAAGGAACAGGAGAUGGGCAGCCUACGAGCAGAGCUGGGGAAACUGAGGGAAAAACUGCAGGGUGAGGACAGCCAAAAUGGGGAGGAAAUAAAGACAGAAUCAAACAAUGACGACUGCCUCUCAGAGUCAGAAAAGAUGGCAAUGGACUUAAAAGAUCCAAAUCGUCCAAGAUUCACUUUGCAGGAGCUCCGGGAUGUCCUUCAUGAGAGGAAUGAAUUGAAAUCUAAAGUGUUUUUACUUCAAGAGGAGCUUUUAUAUUACAAAAGUGAGGAAAUAGAAGAAGAAACCAGAACCCCUCAACCUCCGCCCAUAAUUCAGUCAAAACCCUCGACUCAGCCUGAAUCUGGAAUCAAACGACUGUUUAGUUUCUUCUCUCGUGAUAAGAGACGCAUGCAGGCAUCCCAGAAAAAUGUCCACUUCCAGGAUACUUUUGGCGAAUGGUCAAAUUCAAAUAGAGAUGACACCUACACCGAACAAGGACAAGAAGCCCUGCAGCACCUGUGACUAAAACCCUGAGGUGAUCAGCUUCCUGCAGUAGAUCUCGACAGUCUAGUAACAAGAAGCUUCUGUGAACAAAUCUGGCAGCUCGUCGUUUUUAUUUGCCUUGCACACCUCUGUGGUUGUGUCUCAGCUGUACUCCUCCAAAGGGAUCCCGCACUGUUCACUUGGUGACUGUUGAAAACAGAGUCCAAGCUUUGCAGUCAUCGAUGCCCUGGGACGUUGAAGCUUCUAGAUGACUUGUUUCGUGCUGAAUAACAAGUCUACGUUCUUGUUCACGCAUUAACUACAGUAACACGAGCUUCUCUAAACCAAAAAAAGGACCUGUGCCAUUAAUAGAAGUUUGUUUGCAGUGUACAAUAUCUAUUGGCAAAGACUCCGUUACCCUGUUUGUUAAAAUUUUGGGUUGUUUGCUUUUUCAUAAUUUGCUAGGAUUUUUUUUUUCAAGAGGAAAACACCACAGCUGGCCACUCUCCAUGGCAGGUCUUAGCACUGCUCUGUCCUGUCAAGUUCAGCUGGCACCUGCCUUUUGCAGAGUAACCACUUGGAAAUUCACCUGAUACAAAUUGAUAAACUGGAGUAGCCUUGAGAGGGAUAGUGAGUGUAUACAUUUCCCUUGCUGCUUAUAGUGCCUAAAGCAUGAAGAAACCAAUGUACGAGGUGAGCGUGCCUUGCAUUUUGCCAUGAGUUCUGCAGUAUUAAUGGAAAACAAAUUGCUUACUAUGAGGAAUUCUAACACUUAUUUUUUUUUCUUACCAGGGACUUCCCCCUAGAGUAGCACAGUUGCUGUAAAGGAGUUAGGUCCCCUUCCCACAGACAGGUUUUGAUUUAAGUCACACUCCACUUUUCUGCCUAACUCAGAGUAAAAGACAUCCUCAAGUAGCUGACACGAGCUAUUUUAACUAACUUAGAGAUGACCCCAACUCAAAACCUUUUUUCUGACUAGUCUAAACACUAUUUUGGGUGGCAGAGUGGGCGAAUUCUGCAUAUGCAGGUUGCUCUGCUGCUGUUGAUUGAUGUUUGGGUAACCCGCAAUCACAAGGGCCUUAAUUUGCCCCCAAAAACCCCACACAUGAACUGCCAGGAGGUUGGUUUUAGAUCCGCUUUGCAGUUAAGUAAGCGUGAGACCCUUGGGACUGCCUGAGGUUGUGCUUACAGAAACCUUAACACUAAAGCUCCAUGCAGUGUAACCGCUGCGUGUGGCACCCUGGCUCUGCACCUCACCAGGCUCUGGCCCAGUGGGAGAGCACAAACACAGCCACCGGCUGCUCCUCCUUGUGAGGGAGGUGGUGAGGAGGUCACCUGUGAACGUCGCUGCCUGCCAGGAGAGUCGGUGCUGAAGCAGAGCACUGCUGGUGAGGAGUUCCUCGAGUGACAGCAAGGCUUGUGCAGGUGCUGCUUAGUGCUAGGGGCUGCUGGUGGCAGUGCAGCAUCUGCUCUGUGAAGAGCCCGGUGUCGAGUACAGGCCAGUUGUUUUCAGUCCAGGAUGAUCCCCCACCAGAUUCCUAAAUGUGUAAGGGCAGCAAACGGUUCACUCCUUGGGGAGCUGUGCCAGGGAACCAUUUUGUUGCUGGGGUGGGCUGAACGCUGCUCUGCUCCCGCCUGUAACUGCUCUGUUUGAACACAGACCCUCAGCGGGUUCUAGGUAGAGAAAGUGUUUAUGGUGCCUGCCAGGCAUCAUUGCCAUUUGGGGCAGGAGGGGGAAAUGUGGCCUUACACGGAAGGCAUUUCCAUUUGAAAUAGUGACACUAGCAUCUGAUGCUAAUAUUAGGCAGAGAUAAUUUUGCCUGGUUACGUUUUGGUAACACAUCAUGAGUUUUAUGCUUACAGAAAGCUGUAUCCAUAAAAGAGCAGCACUUCACCCUGCCGUGAGAGUCAGUUCUUACAUGGGGGAAGUCUUAUUGUAACGUUAAGUUGCUAACAUCCUGACUUCACUUCCGCACGGGGGCGGAGGAAUAAAGAGCACACUACAGUUGGAUCAGGCAGUUAAAUAAAUUGUGAAUGAUUCCUCUCUCUCCCUAGCAUAGUUUACAGUCAUUUGACACGUUUAGAAGAGAUGCAGUGAUCAGAAACAAUGCAAGAAUGCGGCAGAUUCCCAGCCUGAAUAAGCACAUUGCUUUCAAAUCAGCCAAGAGCACUGAGCUGGGAUAAUAGGAAACCACAGGCUGAACUGUUUCCCCCAGCAUCUAAGCUCAUGUAUUAAAAACUCUCCUGGCCUAGUGCACGUACAGCUAGUCCCAUACGCUAGAGCCCAGUGCGCUAUUGGGUCAAAUCUGCAGCUGAUUUCAAACAAUGGCACUAAGCAGUACAACCUUCCCUGUUCAUCUCUGUAGCCCAUUACCUCAAAAAUCUAAUGAGUCACUCCUGACCUGCUAGUAUUAACCACCUCGCUCCUCCUUCUCACGUUAGAAGCGCUGAGUUUAUACACACCAAGUGUCAUCUGAGAAGAUGGCACGUAGGGAUGAGUAUGUAAAGAGUUGAAGAUGUGUCGUGUAGUUUCUCAAUAUUAACUAAAAUCUGCUUUUAAAAAAGGGGCCGGGAUGUUGUCAGGUAUGGGACGUAACAAUCCUGUCUCCAAAGUGCAGGAUCACUGAAGUUUUUUUUUGGUUUUGUUUUGGUUGGGCAGUAAAUCAUUUUAACGGUUUAAUAAAUAUUUCUGAAAAACAA